UCUGUUAGGUUUGAUUCGAGAAAAUACACGCAGACUGUGUUGAAUAUUACUAGAUCUGUAGACGUAGUAUCCGCGGCUAGAUGCGCUGUGUUCAUUCGCACUAAGGUGAACAUAAAAGCUCAUUUUCUAAGCUGCGACUCAGUCAAGAACAUAUUUAGAGAGAGUGUUGAGGGCUGUACAGUAUAAAUAAAAUUCUUGAAAAUUGCUUUCUCUGGGUGGAGAGUCUCACUCACGCAUCACUGACAAUAUCCUAUGUGGACGAGCAGAGUGUGGAAAAUAUUUGGAAAAAUGCCCUACGGCUAGUUUCGCUCGAAGCCAGCAUUUUGGAGCAAAACUAUGAGUAGAAAAGUUUCUCAGAACCGAGUUUCCGAGUCUCUCUACAGACCUUUUUUCAAUAAGUUUUCCUUUUAUUUGUUUUAACAUUGAAGCACAACCUACUGCAUCAACUGAGCCACCUGCUACUGAACCGACGACCAAACCACCUACUGAAUCAACGACUGAACCAAAUACUGAGCCACCAAAUGAACCAACGACUAAACGACCUACUGAACCACCGACUGAACCACCUACUGAGCCGCCAAAUGAACCAACGACUAAACUACCUACUGAACCAACGACUGAACUACCUACUGAACAACCUCAUGAGCCAUCUAAUGAACCGACAUCUGAACCACCUACUGAGCCAACAACUGAACAAACCACUCAACCACCUAAUGAACCAACGACUCAACCAGCUAUUGAACGAACGACUGAACCAGCAACUGAGCCAGCUACUGAACCUUCGACUAAACCACCCACCGCACCGACGACCGAACCGCCUACAGAACCGACGGCUGAAUCAACUAAUGAACCAACCAUUGUACCACAUACUGAACCAACGAAUGAACCAACGGCUAAAUCACCUGUUAAACCGACGAGCAACCCACCUACUAAAGUACCACCAACUGAACCACCUGCUAAACCCACGACCGAACCAAUUACUAAGGCACCACCCACCGAACCACCUGUUAAACCGGCGAGCAACCUACCUACUAAGGUACCAUCAACUGAACCACCUGUUAAACCGACCACCGAACCAAUUACUAAGGUACCACCAACUAAACCAUCUACUAAGAUACCACGCACUGAACCACCGACUAACGUACCACCUACUGAACCACCGACCAAGGCACCACCUACUGAACCGCCUACUGAACCACCGACUAAGGCACCACCUACUGAACCCCCUACUGAACCACCGCCGAACGCAACACCAACGGAACAGCCUAAUCGACCACCGCCUACGGCCCCACAAACCGAAGCGCC